AUGGUAUGGGGUCUGGGAAAUGGGAGUGGAAGUGGAAAAGGAAAAGGUCCUGUGGACAAGCGAAGUGCGAAUCCAUCUCCAAUAAGCAACAAUAAAGUUCAAAAAGCACAGGACCCUAUUGGAGCUUGGAUUUUCGGACUUGCUGCGAAGAACAGACUUUCGGUUCUUCCGUGGGAGUCGGACCGGAAAGGCUCUGGACGUAUAGCAACUUUCGGUACCUGGAGUUUGAGUGCUGGCCUGGCUUAUUCUGUUGUAAAUGCAGGAACAACGACCACCCUUCCUUUAACUCGCGAACAAAAGAACUCAGCAAAAGAUUCCAGUACCCGAGAUGUCGCCGAAGAAACAAUACGACCGGAAUGUCUUGCGACCAUUUGCCAUGCAAGAACUGUCGCACUGAACCUUGGUCAGAAGAGCAUCAUGAAGGGAUGGCUGAUAUGCCUGCGCAAGCGCAGCGCGGGCCACCAUCUCGACAUCUCACUCGCACCAGGCCACACCCUCGUAUCUACCACCAGUUCAAGCAAACCCGUCCCCCCUCUCAGCGCGUCAGCCUGCAUCGUCACACCUGGUGCCACCUCAAACGCCCCCGGCAACAUCUCCACCGAAACUAUCAUGGGCUUGGAUCUGCACAUGGUGUCAGCAACUGGGACAUCCUCAGGCAGACAUAGCAAACUUGGGGGUGAUGAAAUGUCAGAGAUGCCCCCACAAUUCAUUGAACUGCGGGACACACUGCGAGAAGUGGACGUUUCAGCCCGACCCCAGUAUUCCCUUUAUUCCAACCUUGUAGCAGAUCUUUUGUACAUGAUUCAAUUCUGA